AUUAGAUUUAUUAGCGUGUCGCAUGGUUACUAAGUGAUGUGGAACAGCGAUUUGAGAGCUUGCAGAAACCAGACAAGACAAAAGUGUUACUGAGCAGUAUAAAUGGGACUAUGGCAUUGUAUAUUAUAAUGGGAAUUCAUUUAAGACUUGCUUAGCUGUACUUUAAAAUGCUUGCGGUGCACCCAAGAGACAGAUGCGUGUAGAUUUUGCUUGUGCAAAUACUUCAGAAGGACGCAUGGGAUUGACAGAUCAGGAGACCUAGCCCGUGUUCAAAUGGCUGAUCUCGAACUGUUUUACUUUGAUCAACCCGAUCCGAGAGACACCUCCCUGGUUUUAAAUAAGCAAAGUAUCAACGAGAUCAUCUGCAGCGGCGGAAAGUCACUUCAUCCCGGCGGAGGAGAGGGUUCAGUAACAUGGACAGAGACCCGGGGAGCUGCGUGGCCGGAGGAGGAAACAGAAACAUCUUUCACUUGCAAGCACAAAGAUGAUGAUGAUGAUGAUGAUGAUGAUGUCCAGCUGAUAGGGACAAGUCCACAAACCUGCAGACUGAGCCAGAGCUCCUCAAGUGAACUGUAUGAGGAGGAGGAGGUGGUGGAGGAGGAGGAGGAGGAGGAGGAGGAGGAGGACAUCCCGGAACUUUACUUGCUGUCCGACGACGACCUCUCCUCUGAAGGCUCGGGGAAGUCUGUGGAUUACGGCUUCAUCAUCGCCGUGACAUGCCUGGUGACUGGCAUCUCUUUGGUCGCCAUAUCCUACACGGUCCCCAGGGACGUCCGUGUGAACCCGGACAGCGUGUCCGCCCGGGAGAUGGAGCGGCUGGAGAGGGAGAAAGCCAGGGUGGGGGCCCAUCUGGACCGGUGUGUCAUAGCGGGACUGUGCCUGCUCACCCUCGGGGGCGUGCUGCUCUCCACCCUGCUCAUGAUCUCCAUGUGGAAAGGGGAGAUGAUGAGGAGGAAAGCCUUUGCCUAUUCCAAACACGCAGCAAAGUUGUACGGCUCGAUCAAUUUGAGAGCAGGCUCCAGCCCGACCCGAGAAUCCUGCUCACAUUUGUCAGUGGCUGAUGAGGAUUUAGAAGUGCUCAGCUGAAUUUAUGGACAGGACAAGCGGAAAAGACUAUGCUUCGGAAAUCCUACCAGUGCUGUCCUAUAAUCGGGGAUGUAGUGGGGUUUAAUGCCUUUUUUACAUUCUAACAGCUAAGGCUACGUUUUUGGUUGAUAUUUACCUUUUUUAAAGGAGAGGUUCAUAUUUUUUUCAAGUCUGUCUUAAUACAAUACUCACAUGCCCUUAUUUACACUGAAAGAGGUUUUGUUUGCUGUAACUGUUCCUUCUGUCCAUACUGGCCCUAAAGAGAUCAAUUCCUAAUCCAAUUCCAUUGAAAGUGGAUGAGGACUAAAUCCACAGUCCUCUUUUUGAGUAAAAAUGCAGUUUAAAGUUCAGCUGAAGCUAAUAUGAUGGUUUAGCAAACGCAUUUGCAAGAGUUUAGAACAAAAACAGACCUAUGGCUGUGUCGGUGGGGGUGUGUUGCUUCAGGUACAGGUGAGACAGUGAAAUACAGGAAGUCCAGACUGAGCAACAGAUGCAGAGCUAAAGUCUGUCUUAAUGCAGGCUUAGUCAUGUCAAGUGGGUAUCUUUAAAGUUGUUGUCUUUUUAGUACAAACUUCCCUCUUUGUGUUAUUAUCCCUUCACUAUAGCUCACAAGGAAAUCAUGCCUGGGAAACCACAAGAAGGGAAUUUUGUUCUAUAAAGACUGUAAUUUUGGAAGUUUUCCAACUUGAUUUGACUAACUCAGAGUACAAAAGCCUCAUAUUAACUAAACUUUGAAAUGCAUUAUUUACACAGAAAGAGGACUGUGGAUAUUAUCACUUACAUUGGAAUGGAUCUGCCAGUAUGGACAAGAGGAACAAUUCCAGCAACCAAUAACUCUUUUUUGUACAUAUACAAAAACCUGUACAAUUACCUAUAAAUUAAGUUCAGAGUAGUCCAUACAUCAUGAUGAGCUGCACAAAAUCAUUAGAAAAAUUAGUUUUAAAGGUAAAACAUGAAAUGUGUCUUCCUGAAAUGUAUUUUUUGUUUACAUUAGUGGAUGGUGGUUUGCCUUAUGAUGAUCUCUGACACACCUUUUUGUUUACCACUGCAUCACUGCUCCUAAUGAUGCUGCUAUUUCAGUGAAUUCAUGUCUACAUGCCAGUGCAGACUUGUAUGUUGAAGGUCUGUGUGUAUACUGUAGCUGCCAGGAGCGGUGUCAUUGUUAUUGCCUCCAUUUUUCCACCUUGUCAGAACUGACUCGCAACUAACGAAGCAGUGCAGAUCUGGUUUACAAAAACAACAAUUGCAUGAAUCUGUGUUGAACUCCAAAGAAAUUCUGUUUAAUAUAAUUGUGACAUGCUGAAGUGAUGCUUGUAUUUGCUCGGAUUUGUUGAAACGCAAAUAGUAAUACCACAGGAGGUGUAAUUAGAUUUUGUGGUUGAGCACAGACGACGGGGGAAGUUCAGUUUACCCCAGAUACACUUGGGGGUUAUGACUGCAGAUGUUCAAAAGCAUACAGAGAGAGAAUUAACAAACCCCUGAGGGAAAGCUCUCCUGGUAAUUGGUGUUACUUAAUUGCUCGUGGGAGGCCUGUGAAUCAGUGAAAAAAAAAGAGCCUUUUAUCAACUGCCUCAAUCAAGCCCGCUUCACCCGCUUAUCAAAACCCAAACCACUCCGGCUGCAAUAUCGGAGUGAAAUGUUACGUUGCAUUCAAGGGGAAGGAAGUAAUGGAUAGCCUGCUCUGACAGUAGAAGAUGCUGUGAAUGAACAGUUGUAUCCCCUGCUUACGGUGUGCAGAAAGCUGUGCUGUGCAGCCUCUGUAAUUGGAAGUGCUUAAGGCCAGCAGGAUCAUAUUAUCAUCCACAUGACCUUCACUCACUCUUACCUCGUUAAUGUAAUUAAAUAGGUGGAAACAGCUGACCUCUUAAUGAAAUAUUAAAUUGAUUUCUAAUGCUAA